GUCCCAUGCAACAAUACUUGACCCAUAAGGGUGUGACAAGGUUAUUGAUCACUAUAAAACCAAUUAGAACUUGCAAUUGCAAAUGCAUUACUUUAGUUGCAAUCACUAGUGUUACUUCUUAUCGCAAUGAAAACCCUCUGCGUAGUCGUCUUCGUAGGCAUCGUUGCCGCAGCUCAUGCUAGCGUGAUCGGCCUGGGGCUAGGACAUGGAGGUGUUGACAGUGCGGCCAUCCUGACAGGUCCUUCGGGAACCGUUUCCAGAACCGGACAUGGCAUUAUCGCCGGGCCUGCUUUAGGCGUAGGCCACGUCGGUGUAGUCGCCGCCGCUCCUUUGCUCGUCUCCCACCACGCUGCCCAAUUGGGACUGGAAUUAUCAGUUCCUGCAGGAUCUGGACUUGAAGGACAAUGGAUUCCAGAUGUCAACGAAAAAUUGCACGACGAUGGGUCCUACAAACCCCACGUUUAUGGGUGGUAGGGUGUAAAUCACCAGUACCUUUCAUUGUGUAUUUUGUGCUAUAAAAAAUUUCGAAAUAAAUAUUUUAUUUUUGUA